AUGCCGCCGACCACCACCGUUGAUGAGGUCACUGCAAAGCUCGAGACUACAGCUGUUGAAGCACAAAAGGCGACAAUGAAAGAGCAAGCAGCCGGAAACGAGGCGGCGGAGACUGAGCCGCCAAAGGAGAAGAUGGAAGAGAGCACUCAUCAAGAAGCAGUUGAAGAGGAAAAACAAAAGAACCAGACAAUUGUUGAAGAAGAAGAAGAUGGCGAAAUUCCGGUGGAGGUUGAAACAAAAACGGGUGUUUCUUUCCCUAUAAGGUUGGAAGACAAGAAGCAACUCAAAGCUGUUGGGUUGAGAAAGAAAAGCAUGCUCGGUGUGGGCAUCAAAAUAUACGCUUUUGGAAUAUAUGCGGAUAAUGAGAAACUGAAGGCUCUCAUGAGGGAUAAAUUUGGACCAAAAGCACCCGCGAAACCCACCAAAGAGAUGUACCAAAUGGUGAUCGACAGUGAUAUUGGGAUGAGGGUAAGAUUGGUAAUUGUGUUCUCAAACCUAACCAUGAGUAUGGUUCGCAAGAAUUUCGACGAAGGUCUGGGAGCUGCUAUCAAGAAACUCACUGGUUCCAAAAAUGAUGACCUCACCAAGAAGUAA